GGGCGGCGCGCGGCCAGCCAGUCGCGAAAGCCACGCCGGCGCAGCCUGACCAGCACGGCCGUGCGGCGCCAGCCAGCAUCCACUCCGCCACUCCGGCCGCUCGUUACUCUGCCACUACUCCGCGCAGUGACUUCUCGCAGUGCAAACUGACCACAGUGACAGUGUUUCAGCGGUUGACGGUCAACGGCAGAAGAAGCACAACGCCCGACAACUGAUAGUGAAAUUCCGUGAAAAAGAGGUUUGGCGGAGUCCUGAUCUGAAGUCAGUGGAAAACCUGCUCCCUCCAUCAGUUCCUGGGUCGUCUCAAAUCCUCUCACCCAGUUGGAGCAGCAGCAGAGUGCGGGAGCGAGCACGGGCGCCCGGCAAAUGCGCACAGCACUGGCGGCGAGAUGACGGGGGCUGCGAAGGCGCCGCAGGCGGCGCUGCUGCCCCCAGACGGCGGCUGGGGGUGGGUCAUCGUGGGCGCGCAGGCCCUCAGCAACUUCAUUAUGGUGCCCAUCAUGCAGUCGUUCGGUCUGCUAUACCGAGACAGGUUCAAGGAGAUCAACAUGCCCGCCACAGACAUCUCCGUCAUCAUGAACGUCAACUCUGCCUUCGGCAUGGCACUGGGCCUGUUCAGCGGUCCGAUACUGCGUCGCUUCGGCUACCGCAAGGUGGCGAUAACGGGCGGCCUGCUGUCCUCCUCGGGCGUCAUUCUCACCAGCUGGGCCUACAGCUUCACUCAUUUCCUCAUCACUUACAGCAUCAUCACCUCGGUGGGGAACCAGAUGCUGACGGCGGCGCUCAGCCUGGCGUUCAACUCGUACUUCAAGGAGCUGCGCAGCCGCGCGGCCGGGGUGUCCAUCUCGCUGAUGGGUCUGGGCCCGGUGGUGAUGCCGCAGCUGGUGACGCUGCUGCUGCGCAACUACACCACGGCGGGCGCCGCCCUAAUCAUCGGCGGCCUCUCGCUGCACAGCGUGGUCGCCGCGCUGCUGCUGCAGCCCGUGCGCUGGCACAUGAAGCCCGCGCCGCCGCCGCCGCCACCCGAUCCGCAAGCAGAAAAGAAAAACGAAGCGGUGGAAGAGAAGAAGCUGGAGGUGACAGAUGAGGAGAUUCCGCUGGAGAAAGACAAGGACGCGGAGAGGCAGCUGGACGGCACCGUCUCCCGCAGGCGCCGCACUAGCACUGUGUGCUCUGUCGAUGUUGACCCGGACAUCGACUCGCACUCCGUGUACGGCUGGGAGACGCCCGCCACCUCGCACAAGGCCUUCGGCUCAACGCUCAGCGUCAGUCAGCGGCGGAUGUCCCUGCAGCGCAGCGUGUCGGUGGCGGAGGAGGAGCAGCGGCCGAAGCCGCCCAAGCCGUGGUGGGCCUCCGCCUCCGUGGAGAGCGUCCACCUGGGCAGCAGCGUCCGCAUCUUCGACGAGAAGCCCUACCAGCGGCUCCCCACGGCAGAGCCAGCAGCAGCCCGCGAGAACCACCUCGACAGCAGCAAGGAUACUGCAGCUACUGCCAAUGGCAUUGCCGCUGGUCCACCCCCACCAACGACGUGCUCGGGGAGGAUGCGGCGCUGGAUGCAGGCGGUGGUGCGCUUCUUCGACCUGGACCUGCUGCGCGACCCCACCUACGUUGUGCUCAUGGUGGGCAUGUCGCUGGCCAUCCUCGCCGAGCUCAACUUCUCGCUCUUCACGCCGCUCAUCAUGGAGGGCUACGGCUUCGACAAGCAGCAGACGGCCACGUUCAUGUCCAUCAUCGGCAUCACCGACAUCAUCUUCCGCUUCGUGUCGCCCUUCGUCGGCGACUACCUGGGCCUGGGAGCGCAGACCAUGUACCUGGUGGCUCUCCUCAUGCUCAUCACCUCACGCACAUCACUCAUAUUGUUCCAUGACUACAUACCAGCUCUCAUUGUAGCUGGGGCUCUUGGAGUGGCUAAGGGUUUCAGAACUGUCUACAUGACAAUUGUCAUUCCUAAUUAUGUUCCUAUUGAGAGGCUGGCAUCUGCUAAUGGACUACAAAUGGUGGUCAAUUCAUUUUUUAUUCUAGCUUCAAUUCCAAUGAUGGGCUACAUUCAGAAAGCAACAGGAAGCUACAGCAUGUCAAUUGCAGCACUCAACCUUAUAACCUCUCUCACUGUAAUACUAUGGACUUCACAGCUCAUUAUUCGAUGGUACAAGAAAAAGAAACGUGGAGCUAAUAAGGAAGCUGCAUAAGUUAAUUUGUACUGAGAAAACUUGGUCUGAAAAAGACAUUCUGCUUUUCACAUGAGACAUCACUCUCUGUGAUAUUAUUUAAUGAACUAUAUUUCCUCUUGUUGUAACAAAGCAUCAUUGGACUGUACAACAGCUGCAUCAUGUCUCAUUUUUAUACAACAUCACUUUUACUAUUUUUCGUAUAUGUGAGUUGAAUGGAAGUAUUACCUGCUGUUGAAUUUUUUUAUUCCAUUAUUUUGUAAUCACACUACAUGAUGUUACAUGGAGUUCCAAGUACAUAUGAUUGGCUCUGUCAGUGAAUAUGGCUUGUAGCUAUCUUGUUAGUAGUGAAAACUGAACUGUUUUAUUUUUUACAAACAAGAAAAAUAUGUCCUACAAAGUUCUAAUUGUUAUGUGGACAUAGAACUACAGUUCAGCAUGUGAUUGGAGAGAGAGAAUUACUAAGCCACCAAAGACUGUUAUCAGUAUUCUCAACUACUUAAAAAGUAUUGAUUAUUUGUGUUUGUUAUCUAGUAGAAGCAGGACAUAACUAAACUUAUUCAGAGUUUGUAAUUAUGUUUAAGUUUAUAUAAUAGUAUAAUUUCUGAACU